ACCCAACCAGCACUACAAAAACCCUUCUUCUGCCUUCGUUUCUUCUCAACCUUUUCUUAUCAAGUCUCGUCCAACCCUUUUUGACAUCAUCUUCGUCUACAAUAAAACCAAAACCUUACAUCAACCUCAUAAAACCCCUACAACAAUCUCACUCAGCACGCUCAACAAAGUAGUUAGGCUUUAAGAAUGUGUGGCGGUGCUAUUAUCGCAAAUUUCAUCCCUCCUCGCCGACAUGGCCAAAACAACAACAGCGCUUCUGAUUUCUGGCCCAAUGUGAAGCUCAACACCUUCGAGUCGAAGCUGAGCCUGUUCGUCCAUGAUGACUCAGCCCCUCUCAAACGACGCCAGCUCCCUUCAGGUGAUGUGCAUGAAGAAGAGCAGAAACCGGCGAAGAGGCAGAGGAAGAACCUCUACAGAGGAAUUCGCCAACGCCCGUGGGGUAAAUGGGCAGCCGAGAUCCGCGAUCCCAGGAAAGGGGUUCGUGUCUGGCUCGGCACCUUCAACACCGCCGAAGAAGCGGCCCGAGCCUACGACCGAGAGGCCCGGAAGAUACGUGGAAAGAAAGCCAAAGUCAAUUUCCCCAACGAAGACAAAGUCGAGAGCUGCUACUUCACCACCGCCUCCCAAAAUCACCACAACCCGCGCUUUCUGCAGAGCAUCCCCAGUUUUCCUCGUCAACAGUCGCAGAAUAACACUGAUCCGAACAAUAGCUAUUCAAAAGGUUCGGACUUUGCGUUCGAUUAUGAUCUGAACCAGAUUGAAGGAUUUGGUUAUAAUGGAUUUGAGGCUAUUGGAGAAGCGAACGCUGACCCAAUCGUUGGUCCCGGGGAUGAGAAUUCUGGGUCAGGGUCAGGGUCAGGGUCAGAGGAGGCUUAUACAUCAACCGCGUUGCUUUGCGCUAGCGAUCUGGAGGUGAAGGCUAAAGAGGAAGAGAAAGUGGUUGAAAAACCGGCGGUGGAAGCGAACGAGGUGCAGAAGCUGUCUGAGGAGCUAAUGGCGUACGAGAACUUCAUGAAGUUCUAUCAGAUACCGUACUAUGACGGCCAGUCGGCACCACCAGUGCCCAAUACUGCUCAGGAAAGCGUCGUGGCUGAUCUCUGGAGCUUCGAUGACGAGGAGAUCGUCUCUACCUCUGAUGAGACUUCUCUGGCUCUGUAACAGCGUCAUUUGCAAUUGAAGUGAUGAUCCCUUUGCUUUUCCAGAUUUUUAUUAACGUACUGUAAAUAAAUAUGUUAAAAUUUGAUGGUUUUUUCAUUGGUUCCUUGACUCAGUAUCAGGGUUUUGCUUUAGUUUCUAUGUGUUGCAGUCAAAUAGGAUACUGAGAACUUGAUCUUGUCGGGAAAUUGUCAUCUACUUGUCUAAUAAAAAUUGUGCUUUAAUUUUAA